AUGGCUGAAUUGGAAGCAUUAGUUCGUGUGUUAUUCCAUGGUUUUCCAGUUUAUAGACGUUACGUAGAAUCUGCUAGGAAGAACUUUGAAUUAAAUCAUAAGUAUCACUCUACCGAUGAACUCCGCUUCGUUUUCACUGGAAGCUUCCGAGAAGGGUAUCCGGAUACUUUGUUCAGUGAUACCGACGCCAUGGUAAUUUUGAACCCUUCCACAGAGAUCUGGUCCUCGGAGACUCAAAGUAAAGUUAUUCAGCCUGUUAGUGAAGCGCCAGCCCACGUCAAGCUAAUCAUUCCUCCAGGUUACAGUGAGCGCUUCGAAGCGGAAAACCCUACAAUUUCAACCUUCCUUGGUCUUGUGGAAGCUGAACAAGAUUGUUGCUUUGUGUCAGCUGAGAUUGCGAGAAAACUUAACGAGCGAGACUUUCUUCACGAGUUUAUGGCUGGCCAAAAGCCAAGUGCUAAUUGGACUGCUCCAUUAGCGGGCGCUGAGGGCAAAAUUUCGGUUUCUUACACCUUUCGUUCGCCGUCAAAGGUUAAUGUGAAAGCGACGAGCCAUCAUGGAUUUGUGGAGUCCGAUCGUGUACCAGCAAUCGAGUGCACUGGAUGGCCGACAAAUGCUUACGAAUGGAAAAUUAGACAGCCAAGAAACUGGCCCAGUGCUGAUGUGGUGGAAAAUAUUGCCUCCAGUGGCUUUAUGAUUGUACCAAAGCCUUCCGACCUUUCAGGAGACAUCAGGAAAGAAUGGCGACUUUCGUUCUCGAACCCGGAAGCGGAACUUUUCAAGUGGUUUACAGAAGAGCAAUCCAAAGUUUACUACUUACUACGUUCGUUGUAUGCGAGGCACUUCAAAGAAAAACUAGGAGGAGUAUUAACUUCCUAUCACUUUAAAACAGUGAUGUUUUGGACACUCGAAGAAGAAGAUCCCAGCCUUUGGCCUAAGGAAAGUACCUUGAAUCUAUUGCUGCGGGUUCUUAAGAAGCUCUUACGAUUUAUUCAGGACGGGUUUUGUCCUCAUUUCUUCAUCCGCAAUCACAAUUUGUGUUACAAAACAUCGAAGGUUGCGCUUGAAGAUGCUGCGACAGAAAUUUCUCUCUUUUUUCAGGAUCCUUUGAUUGCGUUUGGAAAGGUUGUAAAUGAGGAGUUUCUGGGGUUGAUACCUCGCCUUGGCCUUUUAACAGUGGAAGUUGAAGGAAAAUUGGAAAAUAAAACUACAGGCCAUGCCUCCUUCAUGAAUCUAGAAGGGCAUAGAGAUGUAGAACUAGAGUGUUUGUGGGAGACCUUGGAAGAUACUGCCAUCUCUAUCAAAGCAUUUCCAGAUGGAGUUGCCCUUCUCGAAGUGUACGUUGAUGCUCUUGCACAGGGUCACCAAUUUGCUUUUAUCAUGGGGAAAAGUGAGAGCGAACUUUCCAAGAUCAAGGUUACUUCAGUGCAAGAAGAUUUCUUUGAGAUGGACAUGGCACAAAUGAAUCAGUCUUUGUUGUUGUGGCUUGAGCUGGGUAAGAUUGCUGUUGACCUUACUUCCAAAGGGACAAAUGACAAACUGUUUUCUUUCCUUUGCAAGGUCCAUAUAUUUUUGAGAGAGCAGAAUGGCCCUCUUGAUGAGGAAGGAAAGGAAACUAUGGAUCUUAUCCAAGGAGUUUGUUGCACCACGGGGGCAUUCUUAGCUACAGUCAAUUUUGAUGCAAAGAACAUUUCAUAUCAACAGCUGCAUGAACUGGUUUGCGACUUCCUUCCAAUCAAUGGGAAUAGUGCCCAGUCUCCUUGUAACAUUAUUCUUGCUCUCUUUGUACUUAGUGGUGCAACCUGUAAGAUGGCAAAAAAUUUUCUAGAUUAGAAAGCUCAUUACUGCUAUUAUAAGUUGAGUGCCGAAUGGUAAAAAUUUGGUGAAGGAGUUUUGAACCUAAAGUUAUGAUGUUGUUACAGGAAAUAUUCCUCAUUUGUAGCAGUAAACAAAUCUCAAGAACUGUGAGUUGCCAACUGUUAAAAGUAAAAACCUGUUUAAAGAGGUUAAACAAGAUGUUGCCAUGGGAAACAGAGCCAAUUUCCCCUGACAAAAACACCAUUUUUAUGUCCAAAUGUGGUUGCCAUACCCUACUGUACCUCACUCAACUUAAAAUUGUUAUAUUUAGGAUGAAAAUUCCAAGAGGGGGUGGAAGAAAUUUGAGCAACAGAGGAAGCCUCCCCCCUAACCCACCAGUAGGACAGCAAGGCACAUCAAGGGAUAAUAAUUCUUUUUUUCUUUAUCUAAACAUAGUUUUCAUUGUUUUCCCCAAAAGCACCCAGGCUCAAUGAGGGGAAUUGUUCAUGUCUUACAUUUGUCAUUUCUAAUAACAAGAAAUGCCUAUUGCAUUAGCUGUUUAAUCAGGAUUUUCAUGCAACCUCUUUUGUGAGUAUCAGUAAGCUUUCUAUUAUAAAUUUUCAUUUGUAAUGAAGAAAGCAUAUUUGAGAUAAGAAAGCUCCAAAAACUAAACAAGAGACUGAUGGUACCAAUGUCUCCUAAACACAUAUCAUGCAAAUAUCCCAACUCUCUUCCUUCCAUGAUCAUAAACUGAAAUAAACUCUGUACCAUAUCAUUUAACCCUUUAACUCCCACAAGUGAUUGACAUGGAUCUUCUCCCUAUAAUAUCCAUACAUUAUCUUGCAAACAGGUAAUGAGAAUACUCAGACUUAUCAGGUAGAAGUUGUUAGCUUGAUAUAUCACUAAAUUCUCAUAACUUAUUUACAGGGAAAUAUAUAGCAACUAGAGGGGAGAAUUAACAAUCAGAUUUUGGGAGUUGAAGAGUUAAUCUAAGGGAUUGUGACUGAGAUUUUACUGUGUUGACAUGUAUAGGCAUUUUGAAUUUUCUGCAUUCCAAGGGUUAAUGAUUAGAAAGACUGAGUCUUGAAAUAUUUCCACACCUUACUGUCCAACUGCAGAAUUCAUAAGACUGACAUUUGCUUCACUAAAGCAACAACUGAUUAACAUCACAUACACUUUUGUUCAAUGGCUGAAUUUUUACUGAAUUAGGGACACAAGUCCCCAAAAACUUAACAUUUAAAAAAUUCUCAUCGGAGCCAGAGGUAGUAUCAGCCAUCAACCGUCAUUAACAUUUAACCCCAAAAAGUAACUAGCUUUUAAUUUUUCCUUUGAGUAUCACCUUUGAAUUGUGAGAAUAAAUGAAAUGAUCUAGAGCUAAAUAAGCCCUUGAUCAUGAAACUAAAACUCUUUGUCAGUACCAAAGGGAAUUUAUACAGAACAGUUUGAAAUAAUCCUUAUACCACAGGACAACAACAAAACAACAAUGGUUUCAGAACCAUACAAAAUACACAAUUUUUAAAGAAACGAGUCAAUGAUUUCAAAAAUUGUAAUUCCAAGAUAUUUUUAUGUUUUUCCUGCAAACACGACUAGGCACGAUUGACCAGCCGCUGUUCAGAGAAUGAGCCUACGCUCGCUCCUUUCCCAGCCCCCACCCAACUUCAAUGGAAGAUGGAAGACCUAAUCCAACCUGAUCUGGGAAAACAGCAGAGCACGAGCGGAAGUUGAAUGAGUGUACAUGAAAAGUAUUAAGUAAUGCAGAUUACGAGGGUUUUAAAGGAAAUUUUAUAAGACAUAGAUGAUCCACACCAUUUAACUUGGCUGAAAUCGCACUAUCAUGACGACUAAACGCUAAGAUUAAACACAAUGAAGAGAAAAUGAUGACACAAAUGCCGUAUCUAAAUGCUGUAUUCCACUUACAAGGGUUGUGACUGCUAAAUUUCCCAUUCAAACCUUCAUAAUUAUGAUGAUCUGAAAAUACUAAAACGCAUCGCCACUAGAGCACUCUCCUUUUCCCGCUUUUUUCGGUUCUUUGUAAUUAGAGUUCUGAUUGACUUCUUUAGUUAUUACUGGGAUACCUGUGGUAGCCCAGUCAUAUUACACCUUUGUUUUUUUGUCCUUUUUUUUUUUUUUUCCUCCGCCACAAAAUGGAAAAAUUGCGCAAUAGUACCCAGUGGUCAUUGGGCCCUCAAAUCCAUGACAACUAAAUGUGAUCCAAUAAGGUUUUCACAUGCUGAUCACGCGUGUUAUCUUGAUGAUGAUUGACGCUGUCAUGCACGGACAGAGCCGGGUCACAUGACGAACUACGAGAUUUUUGCUUAUAAAACUCUGUUGUCGGUUGUUUUGUAUUUCAACGUGUUUGGAUUACGAUCACCUGGAGCAUUAUGGCACAAUCGCUCAAAAUACUUACAGACGCAUACACAAGUCGCAUUGUUCGCGGUCAAUCGACACUAAAAGAUGUUACUGAGCGGUAAUUUUGGACCGGAUUGAGUCGCGAACGCUUGAAAGCCAUGAAAGCCUUGAAUGCCUUGUAUGCCUUGUAUGCCUUGUAUGCCUUGUAUGCCUUGUAUGCCUUGUAUGCCAAGUAUACCAAUUUAUUAGCAGGUAUUUUAGUGUUAACAACUGGGUUGAAAACGUAAAUUAGCCACCGUAAAGGGUAAAAAAGCUGACGUUUCGAGCGUUAGCCCUUCGUCAGAGCGAUAGAUCUUUAGAAACUUACCCCUUUAUACCAAUUUAUUAGUCGAAAAACAUACACUUGUUGUUAAAAAAGCAAAAUCUGAAAUCUGAGCCCAAACUGCAUAUACUCUAUGCAAUCUAUUGAACAACACUACUACCGUGAGACUAAAGAACAAAACUCUAAUUGAUGCAAACUGCUUGUGAAGAAAGACGCCAUGCUGGAUUCACAAAUCUCGUGUUCGUCAUGUGACCCGGCCCUGUCCGUGCAUGACAACGUCAAUCAUCAUCAAGAUAGCACGCGUGAUCAGCAUGACGACAAAAAAACAAAGGCAUUUUAUGACUGGGCUACCACAGGUAUCCCAGUAAAAAUAAAAACAUUACACAUAAAUUUCGGUUCCUUACACAUAAAAACAUUACACAUAAAUUUCAGUUUCUUACACCUUUUCGUUCGCUUACACUUACAUAUGACGUAAAACGUACCACCUUUAAUUUAACAUUUUACGACAAUUUGUGUAAAAGGAAGUCCACCCAACCUUGUUUGCGAGAAUCGGCUGUGAGCGACUGGAUCGGCUUGUUACUUAAAGAGCUAAUUUGUUUUUUCGAGUUUAAGUCUCUGCAUUACAUAAUGGCUGAUUUGGAAGCACUAGUUCGUGUGUUAUUCCAUGGUUUUCCAGUCUAUAAAAGUUACAGAGAAUCUAUAAGGCAGAAGUAUGAAUUGAGACAUAAGUAUCACUCGACUGAUGAACUCCGCUAUGUCCUCACAGGAAGCUUCCGAGAAGGGUAUCCGGAUAUUGUUUUCAGUGAUGGCGACGUCAUGGUGAUGUUGAACCCUUCUACAGAAAUCUGGUCCUUGGAGACUCAAAUUAGAGUUAUGCAGCCUGUUAGUGAAGCGCCAGCCCACGUCAAGCUAAUCAUUCCUCCAGGUUAUAGGAAGCACUUCGAAAAGGAAUACCCUACAGUUUCAAACUUCCUUGGUCUUGUGGAAGCCGAACAAGAUUGUUGCUUUGUGUCAGCUGAGACUGCGAGAAAACUUAACGAGCGAGACUUUCUUCCUGAGUUUAUGGCUGACCAAAAGCCAAGUGCUGAGUGGACUGCUCCAUUAGCGGGCGCUGAGGACAAAAUUUCGGUUUCUUACACCUUUCGUUCGCCAUCGAAGGAUAUUCUGGAAGGAUCUGCGGAGUCCGACCGUGUACCAGCGAUCGAGUGCACUGGAUGGCCGACAAAUGCUUACGAAUGGAAAAUUAGACAGCCAAGAAACUGGCCCAGUGCUGAUGUGGUGGAAAAUAUUGCCUCCAGUGGCUUUAUGAUUGUACCAAAGCCUUCCGACCUUUCAGGAGACAUCAGGAAGGAAUGGCGACUUUCGUUCUCGAACCCGGAAGCGGAACUUUGCAAGCGGUUUACAGACGAGCAAUCCAAAGUUUACUACUUACUACGUUCGUUGUUUGCGAGGCACUUCAAGGAAAAACUAGGAGGAGUAUUAACUUCCUAUCACUUUAAAACAGUGAUGUUUUGGACACUCGAGGAAGAAGAUCCCAGCCUUUGGUCUGAGGAAAGUACCUUGAAUCUAUUGCUGCGAGUUCUUGAGAAGCUCUUACGAUUUAUUCAAGACGGGUUUUGUCCUCAUUUCUUCAUCCGCAAUCACAAUUUGUGUUACAAAACAUCGGAGGUUGCACUUGAAGAAGCUGCGACUGAAAUUGCUCUCUUUUUUCAGGAUCCUUUGGUUGCGUUUAGAAAGAUUGUAAACAAGACGUUUCUGGGGUUGAUGCCUCGUCUUGAGUUUUUAACAGUGAAGGUUAAAGGAAGAUUAGAAAAGGAAAUUAUGGGCCUCCCCUCCUUCAUGAGUUUAGAAGGGCAUGGAGAUGUAGAGCUAAAGUGUUUGUGGGAGACCUUGGAAGAUACUGCCAUCUCUAUCAAAGUAUCUCCAGAUGGAGGUGCCCUACUCGAAGUGUACGUUGGUGCUCUUGCACAGGGUCACCAAUUUGCUUUGCCGGGGAUAACUGAGAGCGAACUUUCCAAGAUCAACGUUACUUUAGUGCAAGAAGAUUUCAUUGAGAUGGACAUAGCACAAAUGAAUCAGUCUUUGUUGUUGUGGCUUGAGCUGGGUAAGAUUUCUGUUGACCUCAUUUCCAAAGGAACAAAUGACAAACUGUUUUCUUUCUUUUGCAAGGUCCAUACAUUUUUGAAAGAGCAGAAUGGCCCUUUUGAUGAGGAAGGAAAGGAAACUAUGGAUCUUAUCCAAGGUGUUUGUUGCAUUGCGGGGACAUUCUUAGCUACAGUCAAUUUUGAUGCAAAGAACAUUUCAUAUCAACAGCUGCAUGAACUGGUUUGUGACUCACUUCCAAUCAAUGGAAAUAGUGCCCAGUCUCCUUGUAAAAUGAUUCUUGCUCUCUUUGUACUUAGUGGUGCAACCUGUAAGAUGGCAAAAAAUUUUCUAGAUUAG